AGGGACGGCGUUGCCAUGACCACCGCAAAGCCGGCCGCAGCUGGUCGGGGCAGCUGCUCCCAGAUCCUGUGCUGGACUAAGCGCCGCCCUGAGCGGACAAAGCCAAGGAACCGGGAGGCCCUGGGGCCCCCACGGCAGGCAACCCCCACCCCCCCUCCAAAUCCAGGCCCAAACGAAAGGACCAGGAGAUCCCUGAGCCCAGUCACAGGUCAGAGGAGGGGGAAUGAACGGCAGAGAUGCUGUUCCCCCCACCAUAGGCCUGUGGGAUCUGAAGCCAUGGGGCUACUUAUCCCGUUGUCUUUGCUGCCAGUGAUACUGAUAGCAGUUGGAAAUGCUGACAUGGAGGGACACUUUGACCCUGCCAAAUGCCGCUAUGCCCUGGGUAUGCAAGACCGAACCAUUCCUGACAGUGACAUCUCAGCUUCUAGUUCCUGGUCAGACUCUACUGCUGCUCGACAUAGCAGAUUGGAGAGCAGCGAUGGAGAUGGGGCAUGGUGUCCAGCAGGGCCUGUGUUUCCAAUGGAAACAGAAUACUUGCAGGUGGACCUUCGACGGCUACACUUGGUGGCCCUAGUGGGGACCCAAGGACGACAUGCUGGGGGGUUGGGCAAAGAGUUCUCUCCUAGUUACCGACUGAGAUACUCCCGUGAUGGUCAGCGCUGGAUGGAUUGGAAGGACCGAUGGGGCCAGGAGGUGAUCUCAGGGAAUGAGGACACUGGUGGAGUGGUGUUGAAGGACCUGGGACCCCCCAUGGUGGCCCGUCUUGUCCGAUUCUACCCCAGGGCUGACCGAGUCAUGAGUGUCUGUCUUCGAGUGGAGUUAUAUGGCUGCCUCUGGAGGGAUGGACUGCUCUCCUACACAGCCCCUGUGGGGCAGACGAUGUACCUGACUGAGGCUGUGCAUCUCAAUGAUUCCACCUAUGAUGGACACACAGUUGGCGGGUUGCAAUAUGGAGGCCUGGGGCAGCUGGCAGAUGGAGUGGUAGGGUUGGAUGACUUCAGGCAGAGCCAGGAGCUGCGAGUAUGGCCAGGUUAUGAUUAUGUAGGAUGGAAUAACAACAGUUUCCCCAAUGGCUAUGUGGAGAUGGAAUUUGAGUUUGACAGACUGCGGGUCUUCCAUGCCAUGCAGGUCCACUGUAACAACAUGCACACCUUGGGUGCCCGGCUCCCUGGUGGGGUGGAGUGCCGCUUCAAGCGAAGCCCAGCCACAGCCUGGGAGGGAGAGCCAGUCUAUCAAGCCUUAGGAGGAAGUCUAGGGGACCCCAGAGCCCGGCCUGUGGUUGUGCUCUUGGGGGGCCAUGUAGGUCGAUUUCUGCAGUGUCGCUUCCGUUUUACUGGGUCCUGGCUGCUCUUUAGUGAAAUCUCCUUCCUUUCUAAUGUUGUAAAUGAAUCCUCUCCAGCUCUGGGUGGCACCCAACCACCUGCCCCUUGGUGGCCCCCAGGCCCGGUUUCUACCAACUUCAGCAGCUUGGAGCUGGAGCCUCGGGGGCAGCAGCCUGUGCCCAAAGCAGAGGGCAGCCCUACUGCCAUCUUGAUUGGUUGCCUGGUGGCCAUCAUCCUGCUGCUGCUGCUUAUCAUCGCCCUUAUGCUCUGGAGGCAGCAUUGGCGAAGGUUGCUUGGCAAGGCUGAGCGACGAGUAUCAGAGGAAGAGUUGACAGUUCAUCUCUCUGUCCCUGGGGACACCAUACUCAUUAACAACCGUCCUGGACCUCGAGAACCACCCCCUUACCAGGAACCUCGGCCCCGUGGGAAUCCACCUCACCCUGUUCCCAGUGCCCCUAAUGGCUCUGCGAUGCUGCUCUCCAAUCCAGCCUACCGCCUCCUCCUGGCUACUUACGCCCGUCCCCCCCGAGGCUUUGGCCCCCCCACACCCGCCUGGGCCAAACCCACCAACACCCAGGCCUGCCACGGAGACUACAUGGAACCAGAGAAGCCGUGUGCCCCGCUGUUACCUCCCCCCUCGCAGAGCAGCGUUCCCCACUACGCUGAAGCUGACAUCGUCACUCUACAGGGUGUCACUGGGGGAAAUACCUAUGCUGUCCCUGCACUGCCUCCAGGGGCUACAGGUGAUGGCCCUCCCCGAGGGGACUUCCCCCGAUCCCGGCUCCGCUUCAAGGAGAAGCUAGGUGAAGGCCAGUUCGGGGAGGUGCAUUUGUGUGAGGUGGAAAGUCCCCAGGAUCUGCUCAAUCUAGAGUUCCCCCUCAAUGUGAGAAAGGGACGCCCCUUGCUGGUGGCUGUCAAGAUCCUUCGCCCAGAUGCCACAAAGAAUGCCAGGAAUGAUUUCCUGAAGGAGGUGAAGAUCAUGUCAAGGCUGAAGGACCCAAAUAUAAUCCGGCUGCUAGGGGUGUGUGUGCAGGAUGACCCCCUCUGUAUGAUUACUGACUACAUGGAGAAUGGUGACCUUAAUCAAUUCCUCAGCGCCCACCGAUUAGAGGACAAAGCUGUAGAUGGCAGCCCAGGAGAUGGGGGAGCCACUCAGGGGCCCACCAUAAGCUAUGCAAUGCUGCUUCACGUGGCAGCCCAGAUUGCCUCAGGCAUGCGAUACCUUGCCACACUCAAUUUUGUGCACCGGGAUCUAGCCACGAGGAACUGCUUGGUGGGUGAGCAUUUCACCAUCAAAAUCGCUGACUUUGGAAUGAGCCGAAACCUUUAUGCUGGGGAUUAUUACCGUGUGCAGGGCCGGGCUGUGCUACCCAUCCGAUGGAUGGCUUGGGAGUGCAUCCUUAUGGGAAAGUUCACAACAGCCAGUGAUGUGUGGGCCUUUGGAGUGACCUUGUGGGAGGUGUUGAUGCUGUGUCGAGCUCAGCCUUUUGGGCAGCUUACUGAUGAGCAAGUCAUAGAGAAUGCUGGAGAGUUCUUCAGGGACCAAGGCCGGCAGGUGUACCUGGCCCGCCCUGACGCCUGCCCUCUGGGACUCUAUGAACUGAUGCUUCAGUGUUGGAGCCGAGAACCAGAGGAACGACCCCCUUUUCCCCAGUUGCAUCGAUAUCUGACAGAAGACGCCCUCAAUAUGGUGUGAAUUUUGGCACCUACUCUUCAUUCGCCCACCCUGGUGUAACUCAAGGAUGGGGACAGCAACUGUACCUGGAGAAGGGGAUACAAUUGUCUUGUUCCCAUCACCCCCUCCUAACUCUUUUAUCCAUUCCCACAUCUUCUGAUCCCCAUCCCCAUGAUCUCCGCUGUGCCAUCUCACCUCCUUUCCUGCCUCUUCUAUCUUGAGCACAAAACUACCCCAAAUGGAGGCAGAGUAAAAGACUGAUCUCAGGCAGGCUGUGUCUGCCCAGGGAGGUGGGGAUUAUAUGAUGUCUUUUCCUCUUUUUGGACUUUCUUUCAUAACCCCCUCAUUUUUCUCUCUGCAUCUUUUCCCCUUUUCCCCGGUCUGUCUCACUGGUUCUCCACCCACCCAGCUGGCCCUGGGAUUGGGAUUUCCUCUGACCUCUAGCAAGCCUCAAAGUGAGGGAGGGCACAUAUUGGACAGACACUGGAUGUGGCCCACUGGGGCAAUUGGGCCCCACUGGAAGACACUGGUUCCUGGAGAGAUGGCUGUAGCCCCCAGCAGUCCCUCUCUCUUUCUGUCACACACUGGACACAACUGGCUGAGAAUUUGGGGGAUAAGGAGGACAGGAAGUGGGGAUGGAUAUCCUCUAUCACUUCCCCUGCAAUUGUCCCCGGACUCUGUCGCUCACCUUUCUCCAUGUCCCAAUACACUGGACUUGGGGGUUGAUUCACCCCUACUUCUCAAAUUGUCCUCAUCUCCCCCACCCCUUUCCCCUGUGCUGUAGAUAGUGCUUGUCCGAGUCUGUAAGUUUCUUUGGAGUAAAUAUUUUGGCUUGGGAGGAGUGGGGGGGGGAGGGAAUGUAUUUGGCCCCUGGGUUAGAUGUCUUUAUUAUUGAUAUUGUUUUGGGUUUUCUAUAAUCACUUGGGGUUUGUACAUUGGGGGUGGGGUGGGAGAGACACAGAUUUUUACACUAAUAUAUGAACCUAGUUGGAGUCAAUUUUAA